AAAAAUUCAUUGCAGUUUACUUGAUGAACAACCGUUUGCGAUACAUUAUUGGGGAGUUUGAUAAAAAUCAGGAGGGUCAGUGGGUUCCGAGUUUAGCGUCCAAGCAUGUCGAGUUAGAUGCGAAGCAGUUUGCCAAACUAAUGGGUUUACAACUGUGUGGACAACUGGAAAGACUGAUCAAUUAUGACGAAGGCUCUACACCCAUUACGGCAAUGCAUGACCUGGGCGGAGGUUACUUCUUUAACUGGGGAUGGCUUGACGAAGUACCCAUUGCCAACAUUCGGGUUUACCUUGAAGCAAACAGCCUGAAAGAACCGGGAACAAAGGUGGUCAUCGGCUCACCCAGUGAGAAACGACUUGCGAUGAAUGAAAAGAACUGGACGGCGUUCUGUGAACUUUUGGACAACGGAACCAUCCUUAAGCAUACGUAUGAGGUGCUGAAGGGACGAUCCGGGUACCCUACCAUGCAAGUCUGCCAAGCCGACUACCAGGAUAUUUUUGAGAAGCUACCGUGGCCUAUGAUGGAGCGCUUUUGCAAACGCCUGACGCAAGAAUGCAAGCUUUGCCACCUUAUGGAGGAUACCUUUGCUGAUCCGCUGCAACCUGGAGCUCAUGAUGGCCAUACUGCAUGCCGCUACUCGGAUCGUAUACAACUAACGGACCGUAUGCGAAGCUAUGUCUGUAAGGAUGUGGAAAAGACUCUGCUGGGGCUGUUUCUCAAGCAACUGCCGUACCGCUAUGCUGACGAAGCAGCGCACUCGCAUCAUAAUGCGGAACGCAACUUGCUGGAGGCGUACCACUUCAAGCCGGACGAAUUUCUGGUAAUGCACGGAGAUCGACUGUGUGCUGAAAUGCUGCAGCGUUUCAAGGAGCAGUUCAAACUGAACUAGUAUGAAUGUUUCUGUGUAUGUGUGUGGUGUGUGCCUGUUUGGUUUUUCAAGCAAUCAUCUUAGCUCGUUUAGGUAAUUUUAAUCGCUAUAUCAUCAGUUUCAGUAUAUUCGUAAUCAUUUAUUACUGAUGUUAUUUGUAAAUAUUUUUGAUUCGCGUUGG